UCCAUACCGCAGUGCCGUAUGAGGCAACUACCCUAAAACUGGAAGUCAAGCAAAGAGAACAAACUUUCACUGCAAACAAGCAGGAUUAACUGCAGGAUCACUCUGAGAUUUCAUCACUGUGCUCUCUCCAGUUGAACCUCAGCUGAGUACCAUAAUAACUAGCCACAGUACUAUGCUGCCAGAGAGGAGAUGAAGACAGAUAACCAAUCAUGAUGAUCACAGCUUGUAAGAGAAGGGAGGUCAACAUUUGCCCUCCAAAAUAUGGUGCCAUCUUCCUUUUUCUGGUUGUGGUUGCUUUAAUCUUUACACUGCAAAACAUGGACGUCCUAGAGCAUGAAGUGAACUCCACCGUCAUCACCCUGACGGUUGACCCGUACAUGCAUCAUGGCUUCUGCACCUUCCAACCACUGUUCACUGAGGACACUCGGGAAGAAAAUCUCAUUCUAGACUCCAUUGACUGGCCUGAAACUCCCUCUUUGCCAGCUCCGCUUUCUCUGGAGCACACCAGUGAUCCUGCCCACAGCAGCUUCACAAUUCUCCCACGGAAGGGAGGAGGACAGUGGCAUGUAGGAGAUCAGCUGAAGGUUAUGAUCAAAAUGUAUGACUUCAAGGGCCAUCCCAAGAAGUCUGGAGGAGACUUCUUAGUUGCUCGGCUGCACAAUGCGAAGCUUGGGGCAGGUGUGACUGGGCAAGUGGUGGAUCACCUCAAUGGCUGCUACUCUGCUGUAUUCACUUUACUCUGGGAAGGAAGCGCAGAGGUUGAGGUGACUCUGGUUCACCCCAGUGAAGCUAUUACAGUUCUGCAAAGGCUGACCAGCGAACAGCCGGACAGGAUUUACUUCACAAGCCUCUUCCGCUCAGGCUCAGUGUCUGAAUCUACCACCUGUAACAUAUGCCUGCAUCCAAACCAGCAGCCGUUGUGCAACUACACUGACCUCUAUACAGGUGAACCGUGGUUCUGCUACAAGCCAAAGAAACUAAAAUGCGACACCAGGAUCACUCACUCUAAAGGAGGAUUCAAUAAAAAGCUCAAUGACAAGGAGGAGAAGCUCUUUCAAAGUAAUGUCAACAUGAAAGUCCCUAUUUGGGCUUCAGGAAAUAGCAGUGUCACUGUGCUGUCGAAGAAGACAGGUCAACCAGCAGUGAAUAACAACAUUGUGAAAUCUGGACCCUCUGGCUAUUACUCCCAAGGAGCGUGGCGAACACUAGGUGGCACCACAGUUCACCAGUUCAAUACCUCCUCUGCUAUCAGUCAGUGUCUGAAGGACAAGACGGUCCACCUGUAUGGAGACUCCACAAUCAGGCAGUGGUUUGAAUACCUCAAUGCAGCACUACCAGAUCUCAAGGAGUUCAACCUACACAGCCUGAAGCAAGCUGGACCUUUCAUGGCCUUAGACUAUGCAAACAACAUCAUGGUGACAUAUCGUUGCCACGGUCCUCCUAUACGUUUUAUCAGUGUUCCAGUCAGCCAGCUGCGUUACAUUGCCAAUGAACUAGAUGGCUUAAGCGGAGGCACCAACACUGUUGUAGUUCUUGGAAUCUGGUCUCACUUCAGCACUUUCCCCAUCAAGGUCUACAUCCGGAGGCUGCAGAGCAUCCGCAGGGCUGUGGUGCGGCUGCUGGACAGGGCUCCAGGCACGGUGGUCAUCAUCCGCACUGCAAACCUGAAAGCACUGACACUUUAUGAGACGUUGACCAACAGCGACUGGUACUCACUACAGCGUGACAAGGUGCUCCGAGCCGUGUUCAAAGGAUUGAAUGUUCGUCUAGUGGAUGCCUGGGAGAUGACCUUGGCCCACCACCUGCCGCACAACCUCCACCCACAACCUCCCAUUAUUAAGAAUAUGAUGGAUGUUGUCUUGUCCUACAUAUGCCCUCAAAAACGUGGCUAGAUUUGUGUUUGUUGGGAGAGGAGUGAACAUUCAAAUGCACAUGCUGAGUUUACAUGUUGUCUCUUGUUUCCACCAGGUGCUGUCUUUUUUUUUUUAUUCAGCACAUGCACAAACUGAACUAACUACAGUUUUUCUUGUGUUUUUUUAACCAAGAAAUGUUGAGUGAGUCUAAAAGAAACUGAAAGGGAGAAACAGCAUCUGCCCAGAAACUAUGCACUGCUGUGCUCUUUUUUUACCCCUAAACUUGGGGAUAAUGUACCCACUUUUUUUGUUAACUUUUUAAUGUUUACAUGUUCAGUUUAAAGAGUAACUUUACACUAAAGGACACUUUAGUAACACUAAAUGCACUCUUUUCAGAGGAACAAUUUCUCUCAAAGAAAGCCACUUUAGGUUUAGUGAAAUAUGAGCCAUUACUGGCU